UGAAAAGUCGUUCUCCGGGUAUUCCAAUUAGUCACGUUUCCCAGGGUGGACCGCCUGGGGAAGUAUGUAAACUACCCCUGCGAAGUUUAGGACGACGUUGCUCCCGACCAUGUCGUCUUCAGAUGCAUUGGACCCCUCCGUCAUAUCGCAAUUUGUCACCUCCGAGUAUGUACAGACUGGAGCAGCAGCACUCGUAUGCUACGAGUACAUGAUCACUAUUACGGAUGAGAUCAGCUCUGUGUGGCUGCAGAAGUUCUCGCCGGUGUCGUUACUGCUCGUGUCGACAAGAUGGGCCAUUCUCAUCGAGACAAUCUUGCAGCUGAUUCCGGCUACUGCGGAUAAGUAUGCGGCCUGCAAGCCCAUCCUCAUCUUGAUGCAGGUUUGUGUACAGCUGGGAUCGAUCCAAGUAGCCCUUUUUUCUUCCCUCCGUGUCUCUGCGAUCUGGGGUCGAAGUGUUGUGCUCUUCGUCGUUAUCCUCGCACUUGGGCUGGCGCCACUAGCCACCAAUAUUUACACCUUGUCCAAAUCGAGUUAUCCCUUCCUUCCUUCACCUUUCGCUAUCUGCUCACAGACGAUCAACAUCUCCGAUGGCGCUUAUACUGUCUGUAAGCUCACCUGUCGCUUUCUAUAUGCUCUCACUAACCCACCGGGGCACGUAGUGGUUUAUAUUACCCGCAUACCACUCAUCGCGAGUGAUAUUCUCGUCCUCAUCUUGACAUGGAUCAAGACUGCGGGUACAUUUAGAACGGCUCGACGUCUGAAUGUCUCCGCGGGCAUUGUAUCGUGCCUCCUCAGAGAUGGUACCAUUUACUUCUUCAUCCUCCUCGUCUUGAAUAUAGCACAGCUUCUAACGCGUGUUGGGAUCGUGUCCCCAAUAGCCGCCCUCGUGGACGUCAUGCCGCCACUCCUAAUCUCACGCUUUAUCCUGAACCUGCGCCACGCGGUGCACCAGAGCGACGGCAACGCCGCGGAGUCGACGUCGGGUUAUGACGCGUCUCAGUUCUCGGCACCGAACUUCCGAAUACCGCCAAGUCUGGUGGGCAACAUGGGCGAGUUCUUACAUGCUGAGGAGAGCGAGGACAUGUAUGAUGAUUUGGGGUGGCAUGCGGCGGAGGAGACGCGGUUGUCUUCUGAGCUCAUAUAGGGGGAGUAAGUCUGUCUAGUAUGAUGCAGCUGCCGACCAAACAACGCCGUGGCGGAUCUGGU